UUGAUUUUUUAUCGUGAAAAUAGACUAUUCUUAUUGAUCUUUUCUACUCCUAAGCUCUUCAUAUAACCUUUUUCUGUCUUCGAAUAAGAAAAUCCGUACAAGCAAUUUUUAAAUUGCAGAAAUAUUUGCAAAGAAAAUUUCUUUGAAAGCUGCAGUUACAUACACACUGUUAGGUGUCAGUGCGAUAUCUUUGAGAAAUCCCAGAGAUAUUACAGAAUUUUUAAUUUUUUGUAACUUUAUUAUUUUUUUUCCUUUCCUGAUUGCAAAAAAUUAAUAUGAUGCGAAAGAGAAGAGUCCUCAUGGUUUGUUUAGGAAAUAGUUGUCGCUCUCCUAUGGCAGAAGCAGUAUUUCAGGAUCAAGUGCACAAAAUGGGUUUAUCCGAUUUCUGGGAGGUUGAAAGCGCUGGUAUUUUGGCAUAUCAUGUAGGCAAUGCUCCUGAACCUAGAGCAAUGGCCACUCUUCAGAAGGUCGGGAUUACGAAUUACUUUCAUAUCGCGAGACAAAUCACAAAGAAUGAUUUUUAUGAAUUUGAUUGGAUAUUUGGAAUGGACGAGAAUAAUAUUCACAGAUUGUACAGAAUGCGACCGGGAGAUAGUCAAGCGAAGAUAGAAUUACUCGGGAAAUACGAUCCAACUGGAAUAGUUGUUAUAAGAGAUCCUCUCUUUGAUGCUGAUAGUGUCGGAUUUGAAAAAGCAUGUGAACAAGCUCUGAGAAGUGUGCGCACAUUUUUGGAAAUUAAUAAGGAUAACGUACCCGAAAAAUAAUAAAAAUACAAUUUUUAUUUUGGAAACAUUGAAGCAGAAUAAAUCUUAGGAAUUUACGAUUUAUUUCAUUUAUCCGGCGAUUUGUCUAUCGCAAAAUAUUAUUUAUAAACUU